AGAAGGGAUGAUUGAGACUGUGCUGGUGUUGGGGGGAGUAACCACGAUAUUCGACGAGCAAUUGGCUAAUCUGAAAUGGCAGCAUUCAACAACUGCGGGAUUACAAUCUGUGUGUAUGUUACGUAUUCCUCCCACAGAUUAACAUUUAAUUUACCCUAACCCAACAAUUUCGUACUAAUCGAGGGCCGAAACCGGAUUACCUGGGAAACCUGGCCCCACCUCGUAGCACCAAUCACCCGAAAAUAGCUGAAGAAUUAAGUCAAGUGGAGCGGGUCACCUGAUUUCCUGAGCUCCCGAGUAUCAUGACGAAAAGGAUGAAGACGGAGUACAUGAAGAAAUUUAAAGGACCAAAAUGGGACAACUACGGCAGCUGCUAUUCUGAUCUGGUGCAGUAUCGUAACAUGCGAAGGAUACUGGAGCAAGCGCACAUUCCUUGGGUUUGGACCGGCUGGGACACCAGUUCCAACUCCAGCAGCGGCGCGUCCACCCCAGGGGUACAAGAACAACCUUGGGGUACAACAUGUCUCGCAGACAGCUUGCUGGCUGCGCCCCAAGUACCCGGGGGAUCUCCGCCUGCCGAGCGUCCCCGGACCGAGCCUCCGCCUGCCGAGCGUCCCCGGACCGAGCCUCCGCCUGCCGAGCGUCCCCGGACCGAGCCUCCGCCUGCCGAGCGUCCCCGGACCGAGCCUCCGCCUGCCGAGCGUCCCCGGACCGUUGAAUGUUAUCCUCUGGAAAAGGAAAUGACUGUUGAGGAUCAAAAGGAUAAAAGUGACCAACAGUCAAAGGGUGGAGUGUGUAAUUAUCGUCGUGUGAAAGGUGCAAGUCUGGAAAAACCGCAUAAAACUUCUCAAGUGGCACCAGCAACUGUGAGGACAAAAGAAAUGAAGCCCCCAUUUGCAAUGUAUGGUUGGGCUGAAAAGGAAGUGGAAGUAGGCUGUAAAAAGACAUACAACGUUGGUGCUUCUGCUUUGAGAGGACAAAUUUAUGAAUCUGCAGUCCGGGCACAGGAUAGACGUCAAGUGCAGAGAGCGAUGCGUGUGUCUCGGACACGACACCGGGGCACAGAACCAGGCAGCAACCGUGCUGCCGACCACUGGUGUAAGACUUUCCAAAGUCACAAGCCAGCUUCUCAGCACUCACGUAUUCAGGCUUUGAAACCUACUGGAGUGGACAAUCCCUGGCUCUCUGAAUACAUGAGAUGUUUUUCAACAAGGUCCUUCUAAAUCUCAGCAGCAUCCUGGGGAAAUUAUUGAGUUUAUUUAUUAGAGUCCAUGUUGAUCUUUCUCACUGUUUCAGCACAGGAUCUGAUUCGUCUGUAUUACUGAAGUCAAUUAAUGUGUAAAAACUCAGUGAACAGAGUAUAUUCGUGAUAUUUUACUUCGUUUCAGGUUCAUCCUUAGUGACAUUGUUGGUUUUCUGUCUUCAACUGGCACAUUGACAAAAGGACUUGAUGUUUAUUUUAGGAAAAGCAUUCUUUGUGGUGUAUGAAAAUAGAAUCAACUACUGUUGUAACCUUUUCAGACAUCAAGACCUGUUAGCACAGUAUAAUUGGAGUUGAGUUUCAGAGAGCCCAACAGUACUUUGCACAGUUUUGUCUUCAUUUGUAUUGAUAUCUUUUUUUUAUCAGAGUUGACACUUAUCAAAUCACACUGCACCUGUGAAUGUUUAAAUCGCCUUUCUUCCCUAACGAGGUUCACUUUUAUAAUGUUUGUACCAGUACUUUUUUGGGUGUUUGUCUUUUGUAAUAUUUUGUAGAUUAUCCAGUCAUUGCCAAAUCAGUUUGUGGAAUUGCCUUGUGUACACAAUAGUAACCCGAUUUCCAACAGUGACUACACUCUGAAAGUAUCAAGUAUUCAUGGAUGGCUUCAAGUUCCAGAUGGCUUCAAGUUCUCAAAGGCACGGCUUAAAUAAGAAAACUGUGCCUAAAAUGGCCCCAUAAGUUUAAACUUUUUGUCAAUGUAUGUUGAGUGCAAUAGAAAAAUGAACAUUUUUCCUGUGUCAGCUUGUAUUCUUAACGUUGGGCAAUUAGCCAUGUACAAAAUAAGUUGCAGGGAAAUGAGAUGGGUAAUUGCUUGGAAGUUUUGAGUGUGAUGUGGAAGUGGUCUUUAGGGGGUAAGGGGAAAGGUGACAUUUGGUUUUCAGUUCACCUAUUAAGCUCAACACUGUCCUCAGCAAGAAGUUUGAUCAUGUUUGGGUUGCACCUGAGUUCUUAACUUAAAGAAGUCUUCAGAAAAUGAGGCUGCUAAUGCUUUGGGGGAGAAAAAAGCCUUGUCGGUAACAAAGAUUCUGGGUUAAGGAAAUAAAUGCACAGACAAAGGAAGCUGAACAGCUUAAUAACAGUGCACUUGCAAUUGUCAGUUCCAGAAUUUGAAGCAUUUGGGUGAAUGUUAGAGAUUGUAAUCAAGAACUAGAUCAUUGGAAGGUGGGAAGAGAGAAGUUGUUUUCAUGGUUAACAAAAAUGGAAGCUGUGAGUUCUGAUAGCUUCAAGGAAGACCUAGUUAUGGUAAAGCAUCAACUGCAAUAAAGGCUGAAAUGAAACUGUAAAUCAGGGUACCUGCUGCAAUAAAAGUGAAAAUCAAGCAAUAGGUUGUAGGAGAUAGCAGGUGUAAUGGUUCAGGAAAAGCCAAAUAUAUUGCUGAUACUGUUUUUGGUAUCAGGGAAUGUGAAAUUACAAAUAAAAGUAUCUAAUCAUUGAGAUUACCAAGUAUUGAAGAGUAACUGAGAACUUUAAAGUACAUAUGGUGUAUUUUAGAAUUUCUUGGAAAGGGUAAAAUUAAAUGGAUUGAAUGGUUUUUCUUAUUUGUGACAAGGAAAGGGCUUUUUCUGACUCUAAUUUUAAAUAUUUUGUAAAUUGUUGAAUAGGCAGCAAGGCUUUUGUUCUGUGAAUUAAUGUACACUGACUUAACAAUACGUGUGCAGAUGUUGCAGGAAGUCUGUAAAAUAAUCAUCUUCCAUGGGUCUUUGAACAGGUUGCAAGUUAUUUGCUAACUUGGGGAAGAAAUCAGUGCAUCAUAGUCAGGAAAUUACUAUAAAAUACUGGGAUUUCACUUUAUAAAUUAGUUAAUAAAUCAAAAGUUUAGAAGAAUGGUGUCUGAGCAAUCAACAUUUCAAACUUAAAUACAGUAGUUCUUGCUUUUAUGGCCAUUCAUUCCCUUUGUGUUUCACCAUUAAAUAAGAUCCUGGCUCACCUUCUGCCAGGUCGUUUUGGCCCUGUGUGAUUUCUAUACAACUGGAUAAAUCCAUGGCUGAUCUACUUCAACACAGUUUUCCUUCUGUAAUCUCAUUUGCCAUCAAUUGGUUUUGAAUAUAUUCAAUAGUUAUGCAGCAUGGAAAUAAGUCCUUUGGCCCAACUUGUCUAAGCUGCCCAAAAUGUCUAUCUGAUCUUGGAUGAUUUGUUCAUGUUUGGUUCAUAUCUUUAAUGUUUCCUAUUCACAUUUGUCUUCUAAAUGUUGUAACUGUGCCUAUCUUUCAUUUCAUGUGCCUAGACCCUCUGUGUAUAAACAUACCCCUUGUGUCCUUUUAAACCUUUCUCCUCUCUCCUCAAACCUAUGUCCUCUAGUUUUAGAAUUUUCCUACCCUUACCUGUGCCCCUCAUAAUUUUGUUUACUUCUCUCUCACUAGAAGCCCUCCCUCGCCAAAAACUCGGCAGCCUUGUACCUCUUUACAAUUCAAGCUUUUCAGUCUUGGUAAUAACUUUGAGAAUCUUUCCUGCACACUUUCUGGCUGAAUAUUGUCUUUGCUUUAACUAGGUGACCAGACCCGAUAAACAUGUCUACUUCAUUUUUACUUUAGUGAGGUGUGCUCAUAUGAUGUGACAUGAUAUGUCAUUCAUAUACUUCUACAUAAUGUAUUAUGUAAAUAACAGUGCUUAAUCAAACAAUAUGUUUACAAUAAUACUUAUACUACUGAUUUAUUAAAUACACUGCACUCCCUGUUUUUAUAAACUCCAACUCAAUAUAAAAUGCAUCUCAACUAUAUACACAUAAUAUGCAACUAUUAUGCAACUACUAAAUAGACAUUCACAGCAUAGCAAAUAUUAAGUUGUUCAAGUCUCACCUAAAGAU